GGAGGAACCAAGAGCAGUAGAUGCAGAUGCAGCAGCAGCUUAGGGAGAGCAUGCAGAUGCAGCAGCACAUGUUGCAGCAGAUGCAACAACAGCAGCAGAUGUUCCAGCAGAUGUUCAUGAACCAGGCCGUGCUGACUUCCCCACCGGGGAGUAGUGGUCCUAGCACGUCGUGUCCUCCUAUGUUCCCACAUUUUAUCCCCACGCCCGAUCCGGCUGUGAUGGCGCUCCUCCAGCAAGCGCCAAGUCAGAGCCCGCUGACACCUGGCUUGACCGUCAACAAUACGGGCAUCAUCCGGAGCUCGCAGCAGCUUUCUAGGUGA